AUGCCAAGUGUAGAGCUACCAGACAGUGGAGGGAAUUCCAACUCAUUCAGCCUCGUUAUCGAAUACUACCAACUACGCGUGAUUGAGCAGACCAAAGCCCCAUUGACUUUGACGAGGAUGGUCAAGUUGAACGCCGACACCUAUGGCGCCUCCAACACCAACGGUUGGGUCACUGAGUUCACUCUACGCUCGCAGGAGUCCUAUCAGCCGGGGGCCGUACAGCUCAUGACGUUCGCCAUGAAAACGGUUGGUACUAUGGACAGCGGCUAUAGUAUUGAUAUCAUAGCUCAUCCGACGGACAAGUGGAGGCUUGGUUACCCAGGCGCGGCUUGCGAUGGUUACUCCAACAAGAGUUUCAUCCCUGGCAGUAGCUGUACACUGAGAGCUUACCCGGGUUCUGAUGGGACUCAGGCCAACGGGUUUAGAAUAUCUAUCGGCUCUUCAACAGUCCAGGACUAUUCAAGCGAUUUUCAAAUUCGAUUGCCCAACCCGGUGGCAGCGGUGAAUAUGGUGUGGGUGGCCAUGAGUCUUCGAGACUCUAACCAAGAUGUUGACCUCUACCCACACGCUGUACUGUUAGAUAGCCCAGUCCAUGUUGUUGGUGAACCUGAGGGGGAGAUGGUCGCUUGGCAGUUCCAAGUACUUGGUAGCUGCGCUGUUGGCUGGGAGAUGAUGCCGCCUCAGGCGGCUGGUGCUCGGCAAUGGAUUGUCGACAGUGAAGCACCCCAGUCUGUGGACGGCGAGGAUGCCUUGGUAGGGUUGUGGGACAUGAACGUGGCCGAUAACACGUGGGAGCUGAGGAUAGUCCAGACGACCGCCUUCAAGGACACGCAGUUCACUGUGAAACUGAUGGUGGAAAAUCCCUCUGAAGCAACCAAUGCGCAGAGCUGGACAAUCACAGUGAAGGAUGCUAAUGAGCCCUUCCCAAACAUUAUAGCGGCCACUAGAGAUGUUCGAGGAUUCCCUGUCUAUUCUCAAAUGCUUGCUGCCACUCUGGCCCACGCCAAUCAGAUCAGCAAUGCUUCCAAUCUUAUACGAUUCACGCUUACUGCUAAGCAGGAUCUUGGUCAUGAUGGGAAAAUGCUCAUCAUUGCUCCUCAAGGCUUCACCGUACAGAAACGAUGCCCGAGAUUUGAAGCUGUGCACAUGCCUGAUGUCGUGUGCAAGGGUGAUGAAGCAAGGCAACUGACGCUUACCUUCCCUCAACCAGCUAGUGUCCUUGCUGGGAACACUAUGGUUUUCGAUGUGGAGUUUGGGAAUCCUACAUCAACACCACCCACGCUGGAGAAUUUUUGGUAUGUCUAUACAGUACGACCAGAUGGUAUUGGUGCUGAUGUUGCCAAAAUUGAGGGUUUCGAGCUAUACCCCAGAGAGUUCACUACCUUCGUGGUGUUACCAACAAGCCGCUAUCCAGGCAACAGGGAGAUAGUCAUACGCUUCUCUCCGGCAGAGUUCAUACCAUACGAUGAUUACAUCAGGGGCACUUUCAUCCCGAGGUACACUGGUGACGGCACUGGAGGGUCGGCGGGCAUCGCUGUUGCUUUGGCCUUCUCCACGGCGGCUGCUGUUACUGGCGCUGUUGACAUGUCCACUUCCGAACCCAUCGUGGAGGGUGUGACGCCCAACAGCCUUUCUUUUCGCCUGUCGGACGAUCUUCAGGCGGGAUUCGAAUACGGCUUCAAGGCGGUAGUUACUAUACCAGCCGAGUCCCCAGCAUCAAAUACGUGGUGGCUUGAGCACUAUAGACUCACAGGGGAUGUUGAUGAUCCCUACCAAAAUGUCGCUAGUAAAGGCACCUCGGGCUUUCGCACGCAGGUACUCGUGGACGUGUCCAUCACAGCAUACAACCCCGUGGAGGAAGCUUGGGACAAUCCGACCACUAUAGUUUUCGAACCCACCACUGAUGUGCUCACUAUACAGUCCAGCCAGAGGGCGGAGUUGCUGGUCCAAGCCCCCGUUGGGUUCACAUUCCUGUGCCCUUUGAAAGAGGCUGACAUCGAUCAGGCUGAUACCGUAACGCAGCAACUUCCUAGCGAGAAAGAAUGCUCUGUGAUUCACUCAGUGGAGGACGAGAAGAACAAGCUUCACGUGUGGGUCAGGCGACGUCACUGCUCCUUCAUAGUAGCUACUGUUACUGGCAGAUACUUUGAUGAUCCCGACCAAGGUCUGAAGGCAGGCACCAAGUACUCCUUCGUGGUUGAUGUGAUCAAUCCUGCCUUUGUCAACUCAAUCAGCAACUACUUUACUCUGUCCACCAGAGUCGGUGGGGAGGUUGUUGAAGAGAAGACGGUCUCAGGCUUCCGUCUUACCAAGCGCAUGUCCGAGACGCGCUAUAUAUCCCUGCCAGCUACAGAGGACCGUCGGGCUGGCUUCGCUGAUAACGUUGUCACAUUCGUCAUGGGUUUGCCGAUCGACGCUCCUGUUGGUGGGCUGUUGGUCUUGGUCGCUCCAAAAGGGUUCAGUCUGAUCCGCAGCGAAGACACACGAAGCUGUGAAAUAGUCGGAACCACUAGUAUGGGAACACGUUAUGGUGACUUCCCUGAUCUCGAGGACCUUUCGUGCGUGUGUCCAGUGAACGACUUCACUGCUGAGGUCACCCUCCCGAGGACCCUUGUUGCAGGCGACUACGCUAUUGAAGCGAGGGUGUCGAACCCGUUGGUCACACCAGCGCACAACUACUGGAACAUUCUGAUUCAAGAUGACGGUAACCCUCGAGUGACGAUGAUGAGCGAGAACUGGAUUGCUGGUUUGAAGAUCCAGGAAAUUCUCAACGCGAAUAUCGUUGCGUACAACCCGGCAAACUCCAUAGUAGGAGAGGCAUCACCCAACCUGAUCAGUAUCAAGUUCACUACCACUUCGCUGUUGCCGAGCUCGACAUCUGAUUUCAAUGGUGGUGUAAUAACAGUCACUGCGCCGCAGGGCUUCCAUUUUCCUGCCGUAUGCCGCUUUUUCUCUACUGACUCGGUGGGAAAUGAUGAUGCUGGUGUGCUACCAUCUGGUACGAGCUGUCGUGGUGACGGUCUUCGAACUGUCACACUGAAGACGCCCAUGGGCUCGUUCCUGGAGCCCGGGACCUACGGCUUCAGAGUACUCAUUGAGAAUCCAUCGACCCCAUUUGAAGAUUUUACGGUAGAGGAUAAAAAAUGGGAAAUGAAAACUCUGUUGACUAAUGACACUAUGGUUGAUUAUAACGGCGCAACGUACGGCUUCCCGAUCCGUCAUCGAGCCCGGUACUUCUCUGUUGAAGGCUUGAGCCCUGUUGGUCUGUACCGUACCGUCGUGAAGAUAUCCUUUUCAUUGUACGAGGCUCUGCCACCUCAAGCUAAUGUGACUAUUACCACUCCGGAUGCUCUGAUAGUCGAUGCUGUUGGCCAACCGUGUGUUUAUCGAACACCACAGCAAAUCGAGGAGGCCUCGUCCGGCACCGAUUUGAGCACCCUAUUGAACGUCCUGGACUUGAGGGCUGAAUUUGCCCGGACUAGUCUACUGGACACAACUCAACUGCCGAGUCACAUCUCCUGUACCGUCACUUCGAAUAAUGUGAUAGUGUUGAAGAACGAAGACGAGGAGCGCACUGGAAGGUCUUUGCUGGGCGGAACGACCUAUGAGCAAAUAGUGACAAAUGUGGUGAACCCCCAAUCCACCCCAGAAGUGAAUCUAUGGCGUAUCGAGGCGUAUACGCUACAUGAGAGUGCUCCAGAGACAUGGGCAGCAACGGGUUACACUAUACUGCCAGAAUUGGAAGGAACGUCGGUCGCGAGUUCGAACCCUGCAUAUGGUCUUUUUACCACCUUCACUUUCUCACUUACCCCGAUAACUCGUAUACCCGAAUCGGGAUCGAUAUUGAUACAUGCCCCUGUGACGAGCUACUACUUCGGCCCUAGGCUAGUAGAUCCUACAACGGAAACCGAUUUCCCCAGUGCCAUACCACCACCAGCUGGUUAUGCAGUUCCUCGACCACCCCCUGACCAGGAGAUCGACUGCUCGGUUGAGACCAUCACACAGCAAGUACCCCAGACAUCGUAUGCCUCGGACCUCAUAGCUUACCAGCGCGCAUGUGACGAACUCGAGAAUCUCUGCAAUAACGCCAACUUCCACACUCUGACCGUCGAGCGUGGCAAUGAUGAAGUCCUGUAUUGCGUAUCCAGCGGUGGCAUGCUGGAGGUCACGCUAGGUGCCACUACGGUUCUGAAGAAGGGUACCCCACUUACGUUUUCCGUAACGGGGUAUAACGCGGAUCUGCCCAUCUCUGUGGACGACCAUGCAGGCAAGUGCACAGCUCAGUUGAGUAACUUGUGGAGUUUCAUUACCCGCGAUUCGGAUUCCGCGAAGACUCCUCUCGAUAAGAAGAUUACUACCGGUUUCCACCAGCUCGGUAUUAUCUACGUUCAUCUGAUGUCACCGGAGCAAACAAAAGUCAACGUUGCUGAAAACCGCGUCGAGAUUCGUUUGAGGCUCUCCACGCAAGCACGUCCAACUUCGUAUUUGAGAAUAUGGUUCCCACCAGGAUUCGAACCUGUGGACGAUGGCUGUGCUGUCCGCAGCUUCGACUUGGAUUAUCACAGGCACGUAGGGGCAGACCUUCCUUUUGAACCUGGUAGGACUUUCGUGGGGCUCCCGGCGGGGACCAUCUGUGAAUCGACGAUCGACUUGCGGACAGGUCUCAUGUUGAUUGAUUUGACGAUAGCUGAGAAGAUGGACCCCGGCCUGAAUUACGCUUUCCAAGUGGGCGCGAUGAAUCCCCCAACCCUUCCUCCGGACGGUCAGAAUGUUUUCCGAUUUGAGACGCACACGAAAGGAGUCAUGCUACAUCUAGAGGAAGACGUUCCAGGCUUCGACCUGGCACUGCUAGACACGGCUAUAAUAGAACCCGAGACGACCAGUCAGGGAGAUGACCUAAACCUCGUCCAUUUCACUAUAAAAAGCACGAAGGUUCUCUCUGCCAACACGACCGUGAUGAUAGAGGCGCCGAGAGGCUUCAUAUUCUCAUGCGAAUCGGCAUCCUAUGUCAACUUGAGCUCUGCGACCAAUUGUUCGGCCAACCUACACGAGGCUGAAUUCAAAUUCGAUACUCUGGAGGAGAAGGCACCAGAGGAAGAAUUCAAAAUCAAAGCAUAUGUCCAGAACCCGCGGUUCACUCCACAGCCCAAUACAUGGGCCUUCCGUAUUCGAUCUCCAUCGGGACUUAUUAUUGAUAUACGCCUCGGUGUGCCCGGGUUUGACAUCACAGGCCUGGUCGAGGUGAGUAUAGUACCGGAGUUUACCUACAAGAGACAUCGGAAUAACAUAGCCGUCUAUUUUCUCCCUUCUACUAUUAUGAACCGUGCCGACGUCGGCAAUGAAGUUGUCCUCGCUGCACCAUGGGGAUUUGCUUUCCCUAUCAAUUGCUCUCAUUUCGACAUGAAACCUGAGGCCGCUGCUAUUACGGGAUAUGAGAUCCCGGACGACUACGUCUUUCCUCCUGUUGGAACUACGUGUGGAGGUUCAGACAACGUGCUCACAGUGCGGUUCCCACAGGGGGCUGGUCUGCAACGGUAUCGAUAUAUUAUGCGAGUUGACGUCAUGAAUGCUAUGUCCAAUGUCAACCGCCCUAUUACUAACAGCAGUCCGCCCUUCUGGUCCUUUACGACUCGAGUGAACAACGAAGAUGUGAUGCGCAACGUGGACUCGAAUAUGAAAGUUCAGGGCUUCUGGGUUACGGAUCUGAUCAUCCCCCAGAUGGGAGGGGCCGGCGACGGCCCUUCAGAGCACGCGUCCCGACUCGAGGCCUUUUCAUCUUGCCCUGUGUCCCAUCGUGAAAUGGAGGUUAGCGCCCGUUUCCAUUCGUACGAACGACCGGAACCCCAUGGGUAUUUAUCCCCCAAUGCCUACACCGUUGCCGACACGGUGCCCAAAUCUAUACUUGUGACUGGCUUUGUGCUAUGGAAAGGAGAGUCUGUCUUUCCCCACGGCUUCAGCUCAUCUAUGGCACCCUGA